CGAGUCAACAUUUCCACAACAGAUUCUUUAGAGACAAAAAGGGACAAAAUCUUUGAAGACCGUUGAAUUAUAAAUUACACCCCGGUGCAGGAAAAUGGAUUUUGCUUUGAAAUUCGCCUUCCUUUUCUUAUCGGCACAGGUGAGCGUUCGUCCCGUCUAUUCUCAACAAAAUGCAGGGUGCCAAUUCAACCUGGACACAAGUUCCCCUACUUAUCCUCCUCACAUAGUAGAUGAAAAUCUGAAAAUUGUAAUGCCUGUGAUGCAGGGCACCGCCAGAGUCAUCAGCCUAACAGAAGGUCAGAGAGUGACCGUCAGCUGUUUCGGCACCGGGAACGUUAUGAAAGCAACCAAUUUGGCGCAGAAUCCGAUGACUUGCAAUUCCAAUUCAAAUCUGCUACUCACCAAUGGAACGGAAUUGCCCUACGCUGCCCUAGGUUGCAAGAAAGUAAAUAGUGAAAUUUUGGUAGAGAAGCCGAGAUCGUGCGCAAACGGGCAGGGCGCUUUGAUUAAAACCGGAUAUCAAUUUGGCGAUCAAUUCAUCUCGCUUUACGACAUGUGCCACGAUAAGGACUUGGCUCUGAAUUACUACUCCAACAACACCGUGUACGGCCGCUCAGCCAACGCUGGCGAUAGGAAAAGUCAGCGGCCGACCUUCAGCCAAGACGUUUAUUACCCCGGACUGAACGUCAACCAGCUGUACACCCAAGUCAACCAAACCGAGACGCUGGCUCAAAUUUUGGGAUCCAGAGAAUUGGCUACCUUUUACAUCAAGCCGAAAACGCAAUACUUUUUGUCGCGGGGGCAUUUGGCUCCCAAUGGAGAUUUCAUCGAUGCCGACAGUCAACGCGCUAGCUUCUACUUUAUGAAUGCGGCGCCACAAUUCCAGACCUUCAACGGUGGAAAUUGGAGAUUACUGGAGGAAGGUAUCCGCAACGAGGCCUUUGCUCGCCAAGUGGAUUUGACGAUUUACACUGGAACAUUUUCCGUCAUGACUUUGGCCGACAUCAAAGGCGUUCCAAAACCCAUUUAUUUGGCCUUUGACAGAAAUAACAACGGCUUAAUCCCGGCACCGAAAUACUACUGGAAACUUAUUCAUGAGCCCAUCUCGAAUACUGCUACCGCAGUUAUUGGCAUCAACAGUCCUUAUGUGAACCCGGUGAAAUCGGAAGACAUCAUCUGCCCCGACGUGUGUGAUCAGAUUCCUUGGGUGAAGGCAGCCCUUCCAGAGUUAACCGAAAUUUCCAAAGGUUACACAUUCUGCUGCUCGGCUGCUGAUUUGCACAAGGCUAUUGCUUACGCUCCAGACUUGGACGUUCCUCUUUUCGGUGUCAACGCUGCCAGCUCCAUAAUCACGAACGCUUAUAUCAGUGUCGUUACUCUGGUGUGUCUUUUUGCGUAUCGAUCUUUGCAUGCAUAGGGUAGUGCAGCGUAGUGCUGUAUAAGUGUAUACGUAGUUAUCUGCCUUUUAGAUGUUACUAGAUUACGAACAUGAUGACAUAUAAACUUGUGAUAACCAUU